GCCUUCCCCCUCCUACCGCCGCCUUCCCUCUCCUGCCGCCGCCGCCGACGCCGCCGCCGCCGCCGGGACGCGCGGCCUCGGGUUGCAGGUUCUGAGUCGCGCGCGCCGUGCACUCUGGCUCGGGGUGGGGCAGAGGACUCGACCCCGACUCUCCCGCGGAGGGCCCUCUCGGCUUUCUUGUGGUCCGGCGGCCCUGGGGCUCCUUCCUAACAGCCCCGGACUGAGUCCCCUCAAGUCGGGGACCCUCCCCGCUCCUUUAAGGAGGAGUGGACACCUGCCGCCGUAUCUCUCUAAAACGGCGUCUUCUCUGUGCUGUCCCCUCACACCCACACGGACGGCAGAGAGCUGCAAGAUGCCGUUUGCUCUCUUUUCCAACUACAGAACCUUCUGAUCUCCGCUAGUUCCUACUGGCUCCUGCCCCUUGCUCCGUCCACUCUCACAGGGAGACAUCCCUCAACCCCAUACAGCCUGGGCCUGGCUCCGAGCCUGCGGGCUGCUUCCGGACCACCUCCUCUCUUCACUCCCCCUCCCCCUCUGUCCUCUGACCCUCAGUCCCCUUGUCACCUCUAAGAGCCCCCGCCUAACCAGGAGCCAGGGGGUUCCCCCCUACCAGGAUGUGAGCCCCUUUAACCUGUAAUGUUGUGGCUGGCCCUUGGCCCCUUCCAUGCCAUGGAGAACCAGGUGCUGGUGAUUCGCAUCAAGAUUCCAAAUAGUGGAGCCGUGGACUGGACAGUGCACUCUGAGCCGCAGCUACUCUUCAGGGAUGUGCUGGAUGUGAUAGGCCAGGUUCUGCCUGAAGCAACCACCACAGCGUUUGAAUAUGAAGAUGAAGAUGGUGAUCGAAUUACAGUGAGAAGUGAUGAAGAAAUGAAGGCAAUGCUGUCAUAUUAUUAUUCCACAGUAAUGGAACAGCAAGUAAAUGGACAGUUAAUAGAGCCUCUGCAGAUAUUUCCAAGAGCCUGCAAGCCUCCUGGGGAACGGAACAUACAUGGCCUGAAGGUGAAUACCCGGGCUGGAUCCUCUCAACACAGCAGCCCAGCAGUCUCAGAUUCACUUCCAAGCAAUAGCUUGAAGAAGUCUUCUGCUGAACUGAAAAAAAUAUUAGCCAAUGGCCAGAUGAAUGAACAAGACAUACGGUAUCGAGACACUCUUGGUCAUGGCAACGGAGGCACAGUCUACAAAGCAUAUCAUGUUCCAAGUGGGAAAAUAUUAGCUGUAAAGGUCAUACUACUAGAUAUUACACUGGAACUUCAGAAGCAAAUUAUGUCUGAAUUGGAAAUUCUUUAUAAGUGUGAUUCAUCAUAUAUCAUAGGGUUUUAUGGUGCAUUUUUUGUGGAAAACAGAAUUUCAAUAUGUACAGAAUUCAUGGAUGGGGGAUCUUUGGAUGUAUAUAGAAAAAUUCCAGAGCAUGUCCUUGGAAGAAUUGCAGUGGCGGUCGUUAAAGGCCUUACUUAUUUGUGGAGUUUAAAGAUUUUACAUAGAGAUGUGAAGCCCUCUAAUAUGCUAGUAAACACAAGAGGACAAGUCAAGCUGUGUGAUUUUGGAGUUAGCACUCAGCUGGUGAAUUCUAUAGCCAAGACGUAUGUUGGAACAAAUGCUUAUAUGGCGCCUGAAAGAAUUUCCGGGGAGCAAUAUGGAAUCCAUUCUGAUGUCUGGAGCUUAGGAAUCUCUUUUAUGGAGCUUGCUCUUGGGAGGUUUCCAUAUCCUCAGAUUCAGAAAAACCAGGGAUCUUUAAUGCCUCUCCAGCUUCUGCAGUGCAUUGUUGAUGAGGAUUCACCCGUCCUUCCGGUUGGAGAGUUCUCCGAGCCAUUUGUACAUUUCAUCACUCAGUGCAUGAGAAAACAACCAAAAGAAAGGCCAGCACCUGAGGAAUUGAUGGGCCACCCAUUCAUCGUUCAGUUCAACGAUGGAAAUGCCACCGUGGUGUCCAUGUGGGUGUGCAGGGCACUGGAGGAGAGGCGGAGCCAGCAGGGCCCCCCCUGAGGCUGCAGUGUGAUGCUGAAAGCCCAGGACUGGUCACCAAGGGGAAAACGUGCCUGUCGUGCCCUUCGUUUGCUGUCCGUGCCAGAAGAGCUUUGCUGGACUCACCUUCGACUCUGCUGGCAGAUGACCUUGCCUAGGAAGCCCUCAAGGGUGGCCAACCCCUGCAGGGCAAGCCCUCGCCCCCCCCCGGGUCUGGAGGCCUGACUGGCAGGGAGGGUAGAGGGGUUGGGGCAUCGAGAAGAGAGGUUCCUACGCCCUUGCUGCUCUUCCUUUUUCCUGACCUUCUCCUUUGUAAAGGGUCAGGCCCCGUCAGUAUUGCUGAUGGGAAUAAAAGUAUUACUGCUUUGUGACUGCCCA